AACCACAGAAGAAGAAGAAGGAAGUUGUUUUGAUUGCGGAAGUGCAGCAAUAGAAGUAGGCGCUGCCGCAGCCCACUGAAGUAAUUUUCUCUUGAGAGGAAUACAUCUAUUGAAUUUUGACUAACUUAUAUGUAGGUCUCUUUGAGCUUCCAUUCACAGCUUGAUCAGUGUUGCAGGUUGAGCUGACGGGAUGGCGGACCACAAUGACAUCAGUCUGCAGCCGGAGGAGCGAGUCCGCGCUCUCACCAAGAAGGGAAGCUCGGUGGAGGUUAAUGAUGACGUGCCCCCGCGUCGCUACUUCCGCUCCGGCAUGGAGAUGAUCCGCAUGGCUAACAUCUACGCAGAGGAGGGCAACAUCGAGCAUGCCUUCGUCCUUUUCAAUAAAUAUAUCACUCUCUUUAUAGAAAAACUUCCCAAACAUCGGGAUUACAAAACGGCAAACAUUCCUGAGAAGAAAGACACACUAAAGAAACUAAAGGACAUUGCAUUUCCUCAAGCAGAAAUCCUGAAAAAAGCUCUUUUGCGGAGAUUUGAACAAGAGCAUGCACAGUAUCUUGUCAAAAAGAAAGCGGAGCAGGAGGCGAUGGCGCGGGAACAGUCCAAGCAGCGAGCGCUGGACGCUGAGCGGGAGCGCGUGGUGGAGAUGCAGCGGCGGCAGCGGGAGCAGGAGCAGUUCAGUGCCUUCGAGGAGAUGAUUCGCCGCCAGGAGCUGGAGAAGGAACGUCAGCGUGUGCUCCUGGAGUUCGCCACGCCUGCCGCUCCUUCCCCCAACAUGCCCCUCCUCCCGGGCAUCAAGGGUCCCCCCGCGGUCUCUCCCAGCGCGCCUCAGAGCCCAGGGGAUCUGUCUGGCGGCACCAACCAUCAAUACAACGAUCCUCCCGCCUCCAUCGGCACACCUGCCACUGCCCCGCCCACCUUUGACCGGUCGCUCAAGCCCGGGUCUCUGGUCAGUCCGGGGAACAACAAUACAAUGGUUGAUGCCCUUCGGCAGUUGGCUGUUCCCGCAGAGCUGUGCCGGAGCUUUCUGAGGUUGGCCGAAGCCAACACAAUCCGAGCUGUUGAAACUUGUGGCAUCCUGUGUGGCAAACUGACGAGAAACGCAUUUACUGUGACCCACGUCAUUGUACCAAAGCAGUCUGGUGGACCGGAUUAUUGUGACACAGAAAAUGAGGAGGAACUCUUCCUAAUACAGGACCAGUACGAUCUCAUCACCCUGGGCUGGAUUCAUACUCACCCCACACAGACGGCCUUCCUGUCCAGCGUCGACCUCCACACGCACUGCUCCUACCAGAUGAUGAUGCCCGAGGCCAUCGCCAUCGUCUGCUCGCCUAAGUUUAAUGAGAUCGGUUACUUCAGGUUGACAGAUCGAGGAACAAAUGAGAUCUCCACAUGUAAACAGAAAGGCUUUCACCCUCACAGCAAAGACCCCCCUCUAUUUACACACGCGGGACAUGUCAACAUCACCGACGACACUGUGUCCAUGAUGGAUUUGCGGUGAUUUCCUUUGUUUUUAAAACCAGAACACUCAUAGACUGUUUUAUCAAACCGCUGACAUUUUACUGGAGAAAACCCAAAUAAUUGACAGGACAGUACUGAGCAAAUACUGGCCACGAGUUUACCAUUCAUAUGGACUUCAAAAAAAGAGGGAACGACCUAAUGAAAUCCACAAAUAAUAGCACUUUCCAGGCAAACAACUACCAUCCACUUAGCUGAGCGACCUUCAACCCCUCUAAUGUUUUUCAGUAUGUGCACUACUUCCAUACUGUUCGACUUUUGUUUCUGUCAUUAAUAAAAAUGUAUGUUUGUCUCUGUCCGGUAACCCAACCUUUGUUUCAUGAUUAUCAUCAAAGUUGGAUUCUGCCUGACAGAUAAUGUGCCUAGGAGGACCACAUUAAAUGGGUGUUGAGUUGUUUACCAUGCAACAUGAAGUUCUGCGUGAAGUCUUUAGUUUGUUUAUCUGACGGGUUUUUCUGUUGAAGUACUUUGAGUAAUGGGAAAAACUAAAAACGGUUAUAACUCAGGUAAGCAGGCUGUGUUGCUGUUUUGCUGUUUUGUAUUAUUAUAUUUUUAUAUACAACCUCCAUCACUCCACAGUAUCCUUUAUUCCUUUAACAGAAAAAGGAUUUGUUUAUUUCGUGCUUAUGAUGGAGCACCUUUAGUCUUAUUAUUUGUUGAUGUUUUUUUGGGAAAAGGUUUUUAGCUCUUGUACUAUUUGUCCGUGCUUCAGACAUGUGUGAAUGUACCUUCUGCUACAUAUUACUAACCACUUGGCCAUAAAUCAUGCCUCUAUCCACUUCUUUACCCCCUUUGCUUUUUGAGAAAAAACUAAAUGAUUAACAAUAAUUAUAAGAAUACCUUGAAUAAAUUAAAUGCCAAGUAAAAAUAA